UCGGAAACAUUCAAUUCACGAUGGUGUCAGUCUAGAGACUGGAAGAAAGCUUGCUAGUACUGUAGGUUCAUGUUGUCAUUUUAAAACUUUGUUUUUAAUUUAUUUAUACCGCAAAAUAUAAAUUAUAGUCUUAUAUUAUUCGCCACCUAAUAACACAUUAGUUCAGCGCAAAUAUUUGACUCUCGUUUAUCGUCUCUCGGGAUCUAAACCUCAGUACAAACUUUGCAAAGUGAGGGGAUGGACCAGGUUGCAGCGCCUCGCUGACCCAGAGAAGCCCAAGGACAGCCAGGAGAGACAAGCCCCGGCCGGCAGGGAGAGAGGUUCCUCAAUCCCCAGGGAGACAGCCUGGCCUGCAGGGGCAGGGAGAUGGGCUCAGAAGAGAGGAGUUCUGCCAUGUCUCACAAGAUCUCUUCCCCCUCACACAGCAACAGCAGCUCCUCCUCCAAACACGACAGCCGACAGGACAGUUGGGAGAUUGUAGAGGGGCUGCGUGGAGGACACACUAAUGUCCAGGAGCCCCAGAAGCAGGAUGGAUACAUGCUGAAGAGGAGGAAGUGGCCGAUGAAGGGAUGGCACAAGAGAUACUUCUACUUGGACAAGGGCAUCCUGAAGUACGCCAAGUGUGGUGCUGACGUUGAGAAGGGGAAGUUACAUGGCUGUAUUGACAUGGUUAAUAAUGUUCCUGUCUUUCAGGUUGAGAAGGGGAAGUUACAUGGCUGUAUUGACAUGGUUAAUAAUGUUCCUGUCUUUCAGGUUGAGAAGGGGAAGUUACAUGGCUGUAUUGACAUGGUUAAUAAUGUUCCUGUCUUUCAGGUUGAGAAGGGGAAGUUACAUGGCUGUAUUGACGUGGGUCUCUCUGUCAUGGCCAUUAAGAAGUCGGCCCAGUGCAUUGAUCUGGAUGCAGAGGAAAACAUCUAUCACCUGAAGAUCAAGUCUCAGGAACUGUUUGAUGAAUGGGUGUCUAAGCUACGCCACCAUCGGCUGUACCGUCAGAAUGAGAUUGCCAUGUACCCCCAGGAGAAGGCUUACUACUACCCCCACUUCCCCCCUCCCGGGUCCCCCGGUGUGGCUGAUAGAACGCGGCAUGUGUCUCUAGCCAGGCAGGCGUCGGUCCAUGCUGCAGGUAGCUUCCCUGUAACCUGUACCAGCCAAUCCAAGGUGGCCGCCUGGCUGCAGUCCUCAGACGACAUGAACAAGUGCUCUAAAGACAUGUCAGUGUGUGAGUCCUACCUGUUGGAACUGAACCAUCUGCUACAGAGUAUGGAGGUCAUUCACCGCACCUACUCAGCUCCAGCUAUCAACGCACUACUGCAGGCAUCUACAUUUGACACCCCUAAAAAGGAAAAAAGGCCCCCAAGGAAAUGGCGUGGUUCUAAAAACUACGGCAAAGAAGUGAGAACAACACUGCAGGUUCCCAGUUGCAUCUCAUCUGGCUCUGUCCGUCUCCACGCCUCCAACCCCAACCUCUCUACUGCAGCCCUAGGGACUGCGAAGGCCUACCCUGAACCUCCCUAUGUGGACUCUCCUAUAGACGUAGCCAAACUACAGGAGGACUUCUGCCGCGUCGCUAACAACCUGCAUGCCACCAUGAAGUCAGCCCUGAGCGCUCUCACCUCUGAGAAGGAGAAGUUAAAACAGGUGCUGGACCACCAAGACACAUGCCCCCCUACCUCCCCAGGGAUUAUGGGUCUGAAGAACGCUCUGUCCUCGGCUAUAGCCCAGAACUCUGAACUGAGAGAGCGGCUGAGCAACAUUCACGCUGAGUCCCGCUGCGUCCCAGAACCCUCCACUGGGCUCAUAAACCUCUCUGGUUCCCUACAGGUGGGUGUGGGACAUGCAUGAUGACGUGCAUGAUGACACACCCUCCCUCCCACAUCAGCAUCAUCAGGUUUACAAAAUUCCGCUAACUUGUCAGAGGAUUCCGGAUUCCAGAGGAUUCUGGAUUUUAUGCAUAUUCCCUCCUAAUUCUAGGACUCUAAACUGUGAUUUCUGGAAAAACCUGGGAAUGUUGUGAACGUUACCAGAAUUUUACAACCCUGAUCAUCAUCAUUGGCAUUAUUAUCUAAUGAGAACAGGCUAUAUGAUUAUAAUAGCAUUUCACACAUUUUAUAAUCUGCUGGCCUUAGUCCCAAUACAACAGGUGUUGUCCCACUCACUGCUUGUUUACCCCCUCUGUAAUGAUGAGUGGUUAUCAUCACAACAUCUCCUUAGUUGUUACAGAGUAACAGGUUCAGCAGUGUGUUCUCCUCCUAACUGUUACAAUAUGGAUGCUUAGUGUUGACAGCUCCAACUCCUACUUAUC